CGGCACAGCCGUGAGGGGAUCCGGGCACAGCCCUGAGGGGAUCCCGGCGCAGCCCUGAGGGGAUCCGGGCACAGCCCUGAGGGGAUCCCGGGGCAGCCCUGAGGGGAUCCGGGCGCAGCCCUGAGGGGAUCCCGGCGCAGCCCUGAGGGGAUCCGGGCACAGCCCUGAGGGGAUCCGGGCGCAGCCCUGAGGGGAUCCCGGGGCAGCCCUGAGGGGAUCCGGGCGCAGCCCUGAGGGGAUCCCUGAGGAGAUCGCUGCCCGCCGUCCCUCGGCACAGCGGAUCCCGGGUUAAGGCGGAGGGUGCUGCCUGGCCGCGGCUCCCGCAGAACGGCAGAGCCUCGGGGUGUCCGAGCUGGGAGGGCCCCGCAGGAUGACCCGGCCAGCCCCGGUCCCGCACACAGCCCAGCAGUGCCGCCCCGUUCUGAGAGCGCUGUCCGAACGCUCCCGCAGCUCACGCUCUUCGGAACGGUUCAUAUUUAGGCACUUGAGGACAAAGUAAGACAUGGCAGAAGCAGUUUUUCACCCCCCAAGAAGGAAAAGAAGAGUUUUCGAGUCCUACGAGGCUCCUUUUCCUGUUGAUGUAGGGGGAAAAGAUUUCAGACUCUGCCAGGCUGAGAUCAUUAACAACAAUGUGAUUGUCAGGAACCCUGAGGAUAUUGAACAGCUCUACAACAAGGGCUAUUUUGGAAAAGGGAUCCUUUCCAGGAGCCGGCCAGUGUUCAGCAUUUCAGACCCUCUGCUAGUGGCCAAGUGGAGAGGUGUUAACACAGACAUGCCCAUAAUUACAUCUCAAAAGUACCAGCGCCGUGUGCAGUGGGCUCAAAGUGUCCUGCAGGAGCAGGGCCUCGACAGCUGCUCUGCCACCAAAAUCCUGGAGAGUUACACCAAACCCCUGGGGCUGCCCUUCUGCAGAGGGGCUGGGGCUGAACACACUGGGGACAGCUGCAGCAGAGGGGGCCCAGGAAAUGCAGAACUGUGCAGGAGAUCUGCUGGCAGGGAGGGAGCCCAAAGCCCUGAGGGGCACAGCCAGCGCCCCGACCAGGGAGGAGAUGCAGCCCUGGAUCCUGGGAGUGGCUCCAGGGACCAGGAACAGGGGGAUUCCAGGGAAAUGGCUGAAGGGUCCUGCCACAGGGACCCUCCUGUGCUCUGUGGCUGCGAGGGGAAGCAGAGCCCUGAGCAGAGGGCUUGGGAGGGGAUGGACUCCAGGGAAUGUGCUCCAGAAUAUGUGCUGGUGGAAGAGGAGGAAGAAGGCAGCUCCUGUCCUGAAGAUGGCUCCACUCGUGCACAAGAGAAUCUUGUGAAGAAGGAAGUAUUAGUAUGCAGAAAAAACCCAUUUAGGAUUUUUGAGUACUUACAACUCAGCUUGGAAGAGGCUUUUUUCUUGGUGUAUGCUCUGGGAUGUUUAAGUAUUUAUUAUGGAGAGGAGCCCCUGAGCAUCGUGAAGCUGUGGGAAGUGUUCAGUGAGGUGAAGCCUGAUUUCAAAACCACCUACAUGGCCUACCACUACUUCAGGGGCAAGGGCUGGGUGCCCAAGGUGGGGCUGAAGUAUGGCACGGAUCUCUUGCUGUAUCGAAAGGGGCCCCCGUUCUACCAUGCCAGUUACUCUGUCAUUGCUGAGUUGGUGGAUGAUAAUUUUGAAGGUCCCCUUCGCAGACCCCUCAGCUGGAUGUCCCUGUCUGGACUGAACAGAACAACUGCAAAUGCUUCUAAGGAGCUCAUGCUGUGCUACUUGAUCAGACCUUCUGACAUGACUGCAGAGGAGAUGUCAACCCCAGAGUGCAUGAAGAGAAUCAAGGUUCAGGAGCUGAUCGUGUCUCGUUGGGUUUCCUCCCGUGAGCGCAGUGAGCAGGAUGAAUUUUAACCGACUGCACAAGAAAACCUCACUUUUUAGAAACUAUUUCUAGUUGUUUUUACCUGAUCUCAUGAUGAACUGUUGGCCCAGAACAUUUUCUACCAACAUACUCACUUGGUUUGUGUAAAUGCUGUUUAAAAUGAGGUGUAUCAUGUUUACUGGAGAGAAUGUUUUACUGAAGAAUGAAAAGCUGUGUUCCAACUCAAAAUACAGAAGAUAAAAAGGUG